AUGGCAAUGAAGGAAUGUAAAUGCAUGAGAGCCAAAGUAUGUGAGUAUAAGGGAGUGACAGAUGUACUGUGUGAAGCAUGCAGCCAGUUAGGAUGGAAGACACCAACAAAGAUCCAGGUAGAAGCUAUUCCAGUUGCACUCCAAGGUCGGGACAUCAUUGGCUUAGCAGAGACAGGAUCUGGAAAAACAGGGGCUUUUGCUUUGCCCAUCCUUCAGGCAUUAUUAGAAACUCCCCAGCGCUUCUUUGCUCUGGUGCUUACACCCACCCGGGAGUUAGCCUUUCAGAUUUCCGAACAAUUUGAGGCUCUUGGAUCUUCCAUUGGUGUCCAGAGUAGUAAGUAGUAUGGCUACAAGACUUCAUAUGAAUAUAAAACAUCGUGAAAUUUAAGAGAAUAGGUGCAAAAGCAUCUUUACUAAACAUU